CCUCACGUUUAGCCGUUAGAGUUACGUCCCCUGUUGCAAGUUGUGUUAUUGUGAAAACAGUGCACAGCCAGUGUUUUUGAUUAUCAGUUGAUAAUGAUAUGAGGCUGAAAUCAGAUUUCGUCACCUCCUCUUCGUAGCUCAGUUCAGGAUUUGAUAGGCUUCAGGUAGAAGGAACAUCUGUAACCUCUUGCUGCCAGUCUACUCACAACUCCAUUUUCCACAAUGACUGUGGCCACCUUGUUUGCUGUCAAUGUUGCGACAGAGAAAGGUGAAGUAGUCUAUGUGACAGGGAACACACCAUUACUAGGGAACUGGGAGCCCCAGAGAGGUGUACCUCUAGAAAAAGGACAGGAGGAUGAGAGUAACACGUGGAGCCGUGUUAUCGACCUGCCGGGAGAUGCAGACUACCUGUACCGAUAUUACAUCUGCCGUUUCCUGGAUGCGGGGUGUGGCCAGCUAAAGCUGAUUGUUGUCCGAUGGGAGACCAAUAUGCAUCCAAGAACAAUUAAAAUGAAAAAUGGCCUGUGUGAACGCGGAGAUGUCUCAGAGUUUGGUCACUUUGGUGGCUACAACAACAUAAGUGAGGGCUGGCUGAUGGGCCCAGUGAGCACCGAGAUCCGACUCUACAACAACCCAAUCUACAUGUGGAAACAACGUCACCGUGCACAAACAUAUAGGGUCAAGUGUGUGCCCAUGGACUACGCCAUUCGUGAUCCAUCAAUGCCUGACUUGCAUGAUGUGGAUGAAGAAGAGAGCAGAGAUGGUCCUCCGCCUUGUAAGAAGACAGCAAUUACCUGCUUUUCUCUGGGAGACGAAGUUCCUCAGAGACAACCUCAGGGCGAAUUCGGCCUUGUCUACAAACCUGAUGACUACCUGGUCUUCAGCAGUCAGACCUUCACUUCGGAACACCUGGGUUACCAGUUGGACUUCUUUGUGGAGAUGGAGAACCGAUUACCUCGAUAUGUGGGAUAUGCCUACAUCUUGCCUUUGAACAACCUAACAGAAUCUCUCGGCUGCAGAAAAAUACCCAUCAAUGGCCUGAAGCACAAGCCCAUUGGGGAGGUCUCAGUGCAUCAUUUUACCAUACAACCAUACACAGAUCAUAGUUUUACCCUGGAACUUUCCUACCAGAAACACUGGCAUAGAAACGGACGGAGUCUGGACGUUGGCCAUCGUGGAAUGGGAGCAUCUUAUAAAAAGAUGGCUCUUGUGAGAGAGAACACCGUGGCUUCACUGAUGGCAGCGGGUGAACAUGGAGCUGACUUUGUGGAGUUUGAUGUGAUGCUGUCAAAGGAUCUACAGCCUGUGGUGUACCAUGACUUCAGUGUGGCUCUACAGCAUAGGAAGAGAUAUGAUGACAAGGAAGAACUCCUGGAGAUUCCUGUGAAGGACCUGACCUGUGAACAGCUGCAGUCUCUCAGGCUGUAUCAUGCAUCAUCAUCAGCAGAAAAUCACAUCAAGCUGACGCUGGACUCGAGUGAUUGUGACGACCUGCAGCCAUUUCCCACUCUACAGGACUGUCUUAGGAGGGUGGCCCCUGAAGUCGGCUUCAACAUCGAGAUCAAACACCCACAGGCCACAGAUGAUGGUCCGGAGUUGGAACACUACUUUGAUCACAACCUUCAUGUGGACACAAUCCUCAAGACCAUCUUUGACCAUGCUGGAACACGUUGCAUCAUCUUUUCAAGUUUUGACCCGGACAGUUGCAUCAUGUUGCAGAUGAAGCAGAACAAAUAUCCUGUUCUGUUCCUAAGCAACGGCCCCACAGUGAAGUACUCUCCAUACACUGACUUCAGGGCAAGGGAGUUCGACACUGGCAUCAAAUUUGCUCUUGCCUAUGGAUUGCUGGGCGUGGACUUCCAGGCCGAGGGCUUGCUGAAGGAUCUGUCUAUCAUCAAGAAGACACACAACAUGGGCCUGGUGAUGUUUGUGUGGGGAGAUGAGAACAAUAGCUCUGAGACCAUCAACCUGUUGAGGAAGGAGGGAGUGGAGGGUAUAAUCUAUGAUAGGAUUGACUUCUACAAGGCAGACAAGGGUCAGCAGUUUGUGCUGGGGGACAACAGUAGUACAACAGUGCUGACUGGUCUCGGAGAACUAUCAUAAUAGUGACUAGUGCUUUUAGAAGGGAUUAAUGUACUAGAUGGAAGGUUACACGACUAUAGAGAAUGCACUUACAGCCACCUUAUUGUAAAUCUUAGAAGUAUAUGUGUUAAUAUUAUAGAGUUAAUCUUAGGAGUAUAUGUAUUGGAUGAUCAUUUUUUGCAUCUCUGAAAUGAAACAAGCAAGAAUUUAGCUUGCAAAACUUGCCAUGCAUGCCCAUAUUUAUUUAUGAACAAAUACCUGUCAUGUGUGUAAAAUAAGGGUACCUUGUGGGUAAAGUGUUGGCUUGUCACACUUGAUACCCAGGGCCCACUUGAACAAAGCGAUCUUAGCGCUAAGAUGAUCUUACCUCCCAUACUUUAACAUAGGCUUACAAUAGUCUGAGCGCUAAGAUCGUUUUGUGCAAGUGGGCCCAGGUCAGAGUCCGCGCGGGUAGACUUUGUGAAGCCCAUGUCUGAUGAGAUGUGAGAUGUGGUUGGAAUAUUGUCAAAAGUAGGGUAAAACAAUACUCCACAUCUCACAAUUUAAACAACAAAUACAAUAUUGAUAAUAUCGCAUGGCAGUUUUGAAAUAUUUGCUUGGAUCAUCUCAAAACACCCUCAUGACUGUGGAGAAAGUGAGGUCCAGCUGAGCAUGCUAAGCAGUGUCUGUUUGGCCGUACUCUCUUUUUACCAUACUCAACAUAGUCGUGGGUUAUGUGUGUGACAUGAUAAGAAAUUGAGAAGAAACAUGAAUUCUGUGAAUUCACCUAUUAAAAAACCUUGCAUGACAAUAUUAGUCUCAACAGCAUAUGAUGUUUACAUCAGUACACUGAUUACUGUUUUGCCGUACUCUCUUUUUACCAUACUCAACAUAGUCGUGGGGUAUGUGAGUGUCAUGAUAAGAAAUUGAGAAGAAACAUGAAUUCUGUGAAUUCACCUAUUAAAAAACCUUGCAUGACAAUAUUAGUCUCAACAGCAUAUGAUGUUUACAUCAGUACACUGAUUACUGUUUUGCCGUACUCUCUUUUUACCAUACUCAACAUAGUCGUGGGGUAUGUGAGUGACAUGAUAAGAAAUUGAGAAGAAACAUGAAUUCUGUGAAUUCAGCUAUAAAAAACUUGCAUAACAUUAGUCUCAACAGCAUAUGAUGUUUACAUCAUUAUUUCAGCCUCAAUGAUAUGAUCAAACAUUCUCCAUUAGGUAUCAUCACAUAAAUUAUUGUACUCACCUGAUCACUGGAUGGGAUGGUGGUCAAGUUGUAUGUAUGGCUCUACAUCUAUAUCAUCUACAUCUCCAGGGCUCGCAUUUUGGUAAACCUACACUAACCCAAGGAUUCAUUCCCGUGGUUCUCCCGAUCUCGAAUUAGCCGCCCUCUGCUAUGUCAAUCACAGAAUAUGUUGACAUACUUUUACACCUAAACUAUCCUGUGAUAUCGUUUACUGUGACUUUGGUAUGGCAUUGCAUCAUUUGAGAAUUAUGAAUGAGUCGCUUGUUUGCAGCAUCCAUUCUAGAUGUGAUUUUAAAAAGAAAUUCUCACAACCAGUCUUCGUGAAUAUCUAUGGAUUUAUUACUUCGAAGAAUAAAAGGAGUUUGAUUUUGUUCAUG